UGGAAGAUGUUCAACGCAACGAAGAGCCGAAAAAACGGAGUAGGAAGACUCGGCCGAACCCUCCGUUGGCAGUGACCAAAAAUCGAAUUUAUUCAUCCCCACUCAUCGCGCCGCCAUUUGCCAGCACGUUCGUUCGUGCCGUUGAGUCGCGAUCAUAUGACGUUGAGUCUUCGACCGGGACGGAGCACCUUUGCACGUUUUGUUCCGUGUUGUACAGUGUAGUGCGGCCGCGUGUACCAUCCAGUGCGCACGUGUUCUGAUGGUGUUUUCGGAUCGAAGUUACGUGCGUGUGGAAGUGAAUUGCUAGUUGGUGGUGUUGCUGUGUCUUGAAUUCGAUGCCCAGUGUGCCCGUGGCGGGAGCGAAAGUUAGAAGUGAAAGAAGAAUUCGGACGACGCGGUGAGCUUCGAUCGCGGUCAAACUAACGGGAACGUGAAAUUUCGAAGCCAAACGAGUGUUCCCCUUUUUCCAGUGCUGCUUUUGUAGGAAGGUGACCGAGAUUUGUGCGUGUUUUCGUUUUUUUCCCAAGUUGAACGUAGUGAGCAAUCGACGACGAUCGGAUAUCGAUCCCAGUGAAACGUGAAAAGUCAUAAAUUCUACACAAAUCAUCGAAUCAAAUCGAAGAUGGGUCUGCUGCUGAUGAUCGGUCUGCCCGUUGGGCUGCUGUUGGCCAUCUUUUUCUUCAUGAAAUCGUCGAAAGAGAUGCCUAAAAACUGGUCACAGUUUGUGUGCGAGGUACGGAUGCAGAUCUGCGGUUUCCAGGGCCUGCUGGACGAUUUCAUCAUGCGACCGCGGAAUAAAGUCGAACUUUAUAAGCAGCCGGGCAAGAUUGCGCUCAUCACCGGUGGCAAUCGAGGCAUCGGGCUGCGCAUCGUCAAGAAGCUGGUGGAGUGCGAAAUCGAAGUCAUUCUCGGUGUUCGCAAUCCGAUCGAUUCUCGAAAGGCGGUGGAAGCCUAUCUGGAACAUGCCAACAUUCCACUUAGCAGCUGUAAGCUGCACUUCGAACAGCUUGACAUCGGAAACAUGAAGUCGGUGCGGGAGUUUGCUGCCAAGAUUAAGACCAAGUUUGACAAAAUUCAUCUCCUCAUCAACAAUGCCGGUGUCAUGAGCGUACCGUUCAAGCUCACCGCCGAAGGGUUCGAAUCGCACAUGGCCAUCAACUAUUACGGCCACUUUCUGCUGACACAUUUGCUUCUGCCCCAGCUGCGUGCAGCCGGCACAGCGGAAUGUAAAGCGCGCAUUGUGAACGUGUCGUCCUGUGUGCACAAGAUUGGCGAAAUCGAUUACAAGGACAUUAACAAAGUUAAAAACUACUACCCAGCGGAUGCGUACAACCAGAGCAAGCUGGCCCAGGUUCUGUUCGCCAAGUAUCUGACGCUGAUUUUCGAAGAGGAAGGCAUGCCGAUCCUUUCCAACUCGCUGCAUCCCGGUGUCGUCAAUACGGAUCUCUUCGAGCACUCCAGCACCAACUACAUUCCGUGGGUUCGUGCACUGCUGUUCAAGAAUCCGGAGGAAGGCUCGCGUACCGUCGUGUAUGCGGCCAUCUCACCGAAGCUGGAGACCCGCAGCGGUUGCUACCUGAGCAACUGCCGGGAGGCGAGCAGUCACCGGUACUGGAACAAUUCGGUGCAGUGCGAAAAACUGUUCAACUUCACCUGUGAUACGCUCGGUAUCGAUGAUUUCUUCUACAAGCGGAACUAGAAAACCAGCCCCAGGGCAAACGCGGGCCAUUAUCGCAUUCCCUCCAUUUUUUCGUUCUCCGGAACACCCGUUCACACUACACCAUCACGAACCGGCUUAUCGGGUUGAUUGUUUGUUUCCAUUUUUUGUACGCAAUGAAAACUGAAGAAAGACGAAGUUUUGCAAGGAGUACUGUAA